AUGUCCUUCUAUGGUACCUACGCCGGGGCGGACUUCAACCUCUUCGCCGAAGUACCUGACCUAUCUGGCCCUGCUCCUGCUACUGCUCCUGCUGCUGCUCGUUCCCCUGCUGCUGCUCGUUCCCCUGCUCCUGCUCCUGCCCCUUCCCCUGCUCCCGCUCCCGAAAUGGCGUCACCUGACAACGCGGCUUGGGCGAGGUUACUCGCUCCGCUCCAAGCAUAUCCCCAAGCCGUAUUCCUGAUGCCCGAGGGUCAGGGAGCAUUUGACGCUGACGUCUUCCACGAGGGCCUCGAACCGCAGGUGCUCGGGGACUUCUUUGUGGCGGACCCUCAGCUACAACAUGAUGAGGUGCCCCCCGCUAACGGAGAACCGUCUCCCAUCGAGGGAGACAAUUUGGAAAUGAAUCAGGACAUGGACAUUAAUGGCCUCGACAACGACUUUCUUCUCUUCGGUGAUCCUAUCGAGGGCCACCAGCCCUCUGACGACACAGCGUCCCCUGAGGAGAAAGCCUCCUGUGCCGACACAAGCUCCUCUCCCGACACGGAAUCCCAGGCACAGGAGAGGCCCGCUCCCCAGACUGCCUCGGAGCUCACCGGCAUGCGUCUUCCUUGCGUGCCCGUUCAAUAUGCAGAGAGGAACGACCCUGCCCCUUCCCCUGCCGGAGCAGCUGAGGCACUGGACACUCCUGUCCAGAUGCCAGCGCCCGAAAAUGUUGACGAGUCUCUUCCCGACGAUGUGCCUGCCGAGAACCCUCUUCCUGCCGUCGCUCCUGUUCCUGUGGUCAUGUCUCCUCCUCCCAUGGCUCCCGAGGUUGACGAAGACCUCAUUCUUGCUGCCUUGAACGACCCUGUUUACGUGUCUGAUGUGCUGGCCGACGCAGAUGCACAUGUUGCCCAGUUGAACGCCAGGAACAACAAUCCUGUUCCCGCGGCUGGCAAUGUGCCCAUCCCACAAAACAAUAUGUGGAAUGGCCAGGGCAUGCAGCCUCAAAUGAACGGCAUUUUUCGCCCUUCCCCUGCUGGCAAUAUCCCCACGCCACAGGACUACUUCACCGGGAUGGCAGGACAAGCAGGCAUGGAGCAGAUGGCCCUGCGUGCCCAGAUACAAGCUCCUUAUGCUUCCGGGUUCAACCCUUCCCUUCCAUCUAACAUGCCUACCUUUGUCAUGCACCCCCCCGCCCCGAACUUUGCCCAGCCUGGUGUUCAAGCCGGCACUCCCCUCAACUCUAACUGGGGUAUGCAGAGCGGCCACCUUCCCGCCCAGAGCCAUCACCAGCUGAACGGGCACAUACGCCAGGCUGGGCAGCCUCUUAUGCUGAGCGUUCCCCAGCAGUAUCAAGCUCCCCAGUCCUUUGGACAAGCUGGACCUGCCCCUCUCGUCAACGGGACUUGGAAUACAAACGCACAAGUUCCUGCGUUGAAUGCCCCCCGCCAGAUGGCUCCCGCCAACCAAAUGGUGAAUGGUAUGGGGCAGCAUCAAUCCUUCCAGUCCCUUGGCCAAGGUGCUCCUGCUCCUGUCUUGAACGAAGCCAGGAACGCCUCAGCUCCCAUAAACGGUAUGUUUCAAUUCCCCACAGUCGAUUCUCCAGAGGUCUACCGGUCGUUCUGCCAAAGACCCAACAGCAAACCAGGCCAUCAACUUCGCGCAUAUUGCAUCGGAUGCAAAGCCCCUAUGAAGCAAUUCGGCGUCCGAUGCGACACUUGCAAAUUGAUGCAUGGGCUAGCGCCCAACCUCGUGGGUCGCUCGUGCAUCGCCUGCAAGAAAGAGCUUGAGCCUGGCACAAACAGAAUCUUCUGCGACGAACAUCACACGGGGAAGUACCAAUACACCGAUCGGGAGAAGGAGACCUUUCGGGCAGAGGGCAUCUGCACCGAGUGCAGGAAGGUUGACGCAGAGAACGGCGUGACUUGCAAGAACUGCCGGGAGUCUAAGAACCAGGGGUACAAGAAUCGAAAGGACGAGGCCAAAAGUCAGGGCAUUUGCCAAGAGUGCAGAAAGCCAAAUCCCAGUGGCUGGAACAAGUGCGAUGAUUGUCGGGAGAAGGACAAUGCCAAGCGACGAAAGAGGCCCACUCCGGAGAAGGAAGAUGGUAUGAGAGGAAAGAGGCCCAGAAAGGCAUAG